UUCUUACAUAGGUUGGACCCUUUUGGGCUUGGCCCAUGUAAACCCAACUCCAACCCAUAUUUGUAUUUGGCCCAUGUUUACACUAUACAGGCACGAAAAAUGACGAUGACGAUGACGGUGAAAACGUCGGCGGAGUUGUUCGGUCGUCUUCUAAUGGAAACGAAGAGAGCGGCAGUACUCUACCACUAUCCCUGCCCCGACGGCGCCUUCGCCGCUUUGGCCGCUCACCUUUACUUCUCUUCCACAUCCACUUCGCCCUUAUUUUUCCCCAAUACCGUAUAUUCUCCUCUCAGGGCUGAAGAUCUUCCUCUAAACGAAAUUGAUGAUGUUUACCUCUUAGAUUUUGUCGGACCCGCUGGUUUCGUUCAGAAUCUCUCUUCAAAAGUUCACAGCGUGGUGGUACUUGAUCAUCACAAAACUGCACUUGAGAAUUUGGGGGACAAUACUUCGGUAGCCGAGAAUGUGAUCAGGGUGAUAGAUAUGGAGAGGAGUGGGGCUACAAUUGCUUAUGAUUUUUUCAAGGAAAAGAUCAUGGCAAUGGGGAAUGUUAAUGUUGGUGAUCCAUGUGAGUUGGCAGUUCGUGAAUUUGAACGUGCUAGGCGGCUCUUUGAUUACAUUGAAGACGGAGACCUGUGGAGGUGGCGGCUUCAUAAUAGCAAAGCUUUCAGUGGCGGUUUUAAGGACUUGAACAUCGAGUACAACGUCAGAUUGAAUCCCUCCUUGUUUCAGCAGUUGCUUUCUUUAGAUCUCGAGUCUAUCAUCAAUCAGGGCAUGGCGAGCAUAUCACGCAAGCAGAAACUAAUAAAUGAGGUCCUUGAGCAGUCAUAUGUCAUUGCAUUGGGUGGCGGAGCAUUUGGACGUUGCCUGGCUGUUUAUGCAGAUUCUGUCUCUGAGCUGAGGAGUGAGCUUGGACACCAGUUAGCUAAUAAAAGCCACAGCAUGAAGUUGAGGGGCAUUGGAGCCGUUGUAUAUAGAGUUCCUGAGCUUCAAAAUGAUCAAUUGUUGAAAAUAAGCCUCAGAAGUGUGAAAAGCGAAGACACAACACCCAUCUCACAGGAAUUUGGAGGCGGCGGGCAUCGGAAUGCCAGUUCAUUCAUGUUAAGCUCCGCAGAGUUUGAGCGGUGGAAGGUUUAAGAUAAUGCUUUUAACCUAAGCAAAAAUUUUGCCGUUCCUUUAACCGUACACUAUUAAGUAUUUAACCCAAGUGAUCAAGACAAAGUGGCCAAAUCUGAAAGAGAUGGACCAGUGUGUCUGCUGGAUUCUGUGACAUAGUCAUCUCUCACUUUAUCGUGUAACAUGUUGAACAUCAGCUCGUGUUUCUCUCCCAAAUCACUGAGGGCACAAUGCUUGUAACAUUAUUUGGUGAUUUUUAUUGCUAUUACUAUAUAUUAUAUUUUACUUUUUUAUAUGGACUAUAAGCGCAGCUGCGCAAGGAUGUUUAUUUAUUACUAAUUGUAUGUUGUGUC